GGAUCUUCUCCACCGUGUUACGUUCUAGUGCGUCUCUCCUCAGUAAUACUAUUGCUGUUGAGGAUGCUUUUAAAGUGCUUUUGACACUUACCUCUCGGAUUAUGGUAGCGCUCUCUGUAGCUGUGAUGGCGUAUCCAUCACCAUCUUCCUCUCGGUUCUUUGGUUUCUGUGACUUCUCUGGUGGUUUUGGUCUUGCGUUGGGUGCCUUGCCAAUUGGUUAUUGGGGGUGCGGCUUUUCUCAGCUUCCUGUUUUACGGCUUUUCUUUUUGUUUCUUAGCGUUUGUUGUUCGUUUUAAUUUGACUGGGUAAGAAGCUUGGUUCUAGCCUUGUACUGAGGUCUAGCUGCUUCUACCUGGUUCGUGUAUUUCCGGCUCAGUUUGCAUUCUAUCCCGUUUUGGUUUCUUUGAAACCAAACAUUGACCAAAAAAAAAAAAAAAGUUAGUUUGGGUGGUCCCAAAUACCAGUAUCCUCUCCCAAAACCCAAUUCCAAAAGGAUAAGAAAACCCUCUCUCACUCUUCUUCCUCUACUCUCUCUGAGUCUGAAGUGUGCAAUUGAGCAACUCAUGCUAUGCGUUUGAGUGCAUAGCCAGAAGCAAAGAAAGAUGUCAAUCCUUUCAAUUUCAGCUUCAUCUUCUUCCUCCCUUCUUCCCAAUGUCUCAUUCUCCUCCUCAAAAUGCUGCUCUUCAUUUCUCACCCCACCAACCCACACCAACAGCAACCCAUUUCUGCCCAUUGUGAAAUCCAAGAAGAAGAAGCCAGUGGGCGUGACCAUGAGCAUUGAGGCAGGUAUAGGAGUUAUGGCCACGAAGCUCGGCAUGAUGAGCUUCUUCGAACCCAACGGCAAAGUUGUCCCAGUCACAGUGGUGGGUUUCAAAGAAGGCAACAUAGUGACCCAGGUCAAAACCGAGGCCACCGACGGAUACGAUGCCGUUCAGGUGGGCUAUCGCCGAGUCAGGGACCGAAAACUGACGAAACCCGAAAUGGGUCAUAUCCAGAAGGCCGGUUCAAUCCCCCUGCGCCAUCUCCAGGAGUUUCGGCUCCAGAGCGUUGAUGGGUUCGAGCCAAACCAGAAGCUUUCGUUCGACGAGCUCUUCAACGAAGGAGACAUUGUUGAUGUCUCUGGAACCACAAUCGGGAAAGGGUUUCAGGGUGGGAUUAAGAGGCACAAUUUCAAGAGAGGGCAAAUGACUCAUGGGUCCAAAAGUCACAGAGCUCUUGGGUCAAUUGGGGCCGGAACGACGCCAGGGCGGGUUUACAAGGGGAAGAAGAUGCCUGGAAGAAUGGGAGGGACCAAGACCAAGAUCAGGAAGCUCAAGAUUGUGAAGAUUGAUAAGGACCUCAAUGUUGUUAUGAUCAAAGGUGCUCUUCCUGGUAAGCCUGGCAAUCUUCUUCGCAUAGCUCCAGCUAAGAUUGUGGGCAAGAACAUUCCUAAGAGUUAGUUCUUUUUUGAUUGUGAAUUUUGUAUUGUCAUUGACUCUCUCAUAUGAAUGUCUUGCUUCUCCUUUAAUUAGUGCUUUGUGAAUGUUUGCUUGGUAUGAUAUUUGGAAGCACUUCACUUGAUUGAGGGAGCAAGAAUCACUUUUUAUGUCAU